GUUUGGAAACGUAUUGUUUGGAAACCGUAGAGUCUAGAUCGUUCAACUGUCUCCCCAAAUCGGGCCAUGCACUGAGGAUUGCUUUCAAUCCGAACUCCUUGAUGUGUGGAGCGCACCUGUGAGCUUAUCAACGAAACAGGCUGCUAGACGAGAGCUGCUGCUGAAGUACAUGUGUCCUUUGGUCAGCAGGUACGGCUUUGCUGAGACUUGGGAAGGAGUGACAGAGAGCCAUCAGAGUUCACGACCAUGGGCAUCGGAUCCAGAGGUCACAGCCAAGUUCAUGCUGCAAAAGUGGUUGCUUGAUCCUGAUCUACAGGCCAGAAAGCCCCUGGAAGCAUCAAGCUCGCAACUUUUGGCGAGUACAGUGCGGCAGCUUUGCAAGGACAUCGAACGCCCACUCCAGCGCCGCUCACUUUGCGCACCGCUCUGCAGUACCUACUGCAGCCCGAAGGCCACAUCUGCGGAAGAGGUGAAGUUGCACUGGGCGCGGCCAGAGCAGCAGGUGUUGGUGUUACGGCAUGUUUUGCAGCUGGAAGAAGUUCGAACGCUUCGGGAAUGGGGCUUGUCGAGCGAAGCUUGGGUGCACGCAAAUGGACACCUCAUUGACCAAGUCUUUGAUCCAGUCCUCUCCUUGAAAUUUUGGAGCCGUGUUGGGCACUUGAUGCCGUUCAAAAGCUGCCAUGCCAAUGGUCUCAAUGAGCAUGUGCGCUUCUUGAGAUAUGGCCAGGGCCACUAUUUUGCUCCCCACCAAGAUGGCGAGAAUCGCAACGGCAACGGGCGCUCUCUUUUCUCCGCCCUUUUGUAUUUGUCUGACAGUACCGAUGGCUGCGGGGGUACUACUCGCUUUGUGGCGCCCCAGUGCCCGGAGGUGGCCCGCUGUGGUCGGUGUGACUGGUCCUGCGAUCACUGUGUAGAUGCUCCAGUUGCAGCUGGAGACAUGGUCAUUUUUACACAGACUUUGCUGCAUGCAGGGACUGAGCCAAAAUCAAAUGAAAAGUUUGUGAUUCGAACGGAUGUCAUGUAUCCUGUUGCUAGCACCUGA